AAGCAGAGAAGGGCUAUAGGAAAUAUAGAGUAGAAAUUUAAAUAGAGUGGCCAGGGAAGGGCUCACAAAGAGGUGACAUUUGGAUUAAGUCCUGAAGGAAGGAAGGGAGCUAGUCCAGUGGCUAUCUGGGUAGGAACAUUCUAUGCAGGGAGAAUUGCAAGUUGCAAAGGUCUUGGGGUGAAAUCGUGCCUGGAAUUGAGGAAUAUCAAAGAGGCCAGUGUGUCCAUGGGGGAGGAAGUAGUUGGAGAUGAGAUCAAAGAGGCGACAGGAGGCUAGGUCAUAAAGGACUUCACAGGGAAGGAACCCUGAGGUUUUGAACAGAGUGACAUGAUCUGAUUUUUUCACAGGUUCGCUCUGGUCACUGAGUUUUGAGAACAGUAUGAAAGAGAGUAGGUGGGAAUAGGGAGAUUGUCUAGAAGACUCCACCGUAAUCCAGACAAGUGAUGGUUGUGGCUUGAACCAGAGUGGUAGCUAGUGGCUAGAUUCUGGAUGUAUUUUGAAGACAGUAUUCACAGGGUUUGAGGAAUAUGAAGUGAGGUUAUCCAGUAUUUGUGAUAUAGUUACAGUUCCACUGUUCUCUCCUAAGUGACAAAAAAGACAGUUUCUCACAGGUUGUCUGUCAUUCUCAGAGUUUGACGGUUCUGAUAUUCAACUUUCCUGAGUUUGAAAACACAUCGCAAUUAUUUCCAUGUCCUACCUCAGCCUUGAGAAUGAAGAGAAAGUGAAACUGUUUGAAGACUGAUAGUUGCCAGCACUAUCUCAUGAGCUCCUCCUAGACUAAAAGCUUCACUGGCCUGAGCAAGAACUUGCUAAGAAGUCUAUUCUAAAUGCAGAAGAUUCAUUGAUCAUUGACAGCAAAAGAAGCCUUUCACAUUUAUCCUCGGGAGUGCUAAAAGACAUUUUCACAACUGGAACCAGUAGUUACAAUGUCCUACUACAGAGCAAGGAGGAGAAAAAGCAUCAUUCACAAAACCAGUCUUCCUCCACCUACUCCAAAAGAUGUAGAAAACCCAGCAAGUCCGCUAACACUCGUCGUAGUAAAGACCCUCACAGGACGAAGGCCCUGGUGCCUGCGACGAGCAGUGGCGCUUGGGAACGCCAUAGUACUGCCACCUAAACCCAAAAGCAAGGUCAAGCGGUGCCAUUUCUCCACUCUUCAAAAGCCAAAGUCACAGCCUCAGCUGUCUAGAAGCUUUGAAAAGGGAGAUGACUUUUCUGGGAAGAAAUUUUGUAUAUUGACUGCUAUAAAACCCACCAACUUAGAGAAAGAAAAACUGAGAUUCUUCAAAUCUGACUAUACCUACAAUCCUCAGUUUGAGUAUGCUAAUCCUGCUCUGCCAAGUGUGUUAACUAAGCACAGCCACGCAUCUGACCGAUUUCUGAAGCAGUCUAUCAAUAUUAUGGAACUGACUUUACAGAAAUAUGGAAGUUAUGAAAAGUUUGAACAAGCCACUGGUGGAAGCUUGCUCUCUAAAACUCGCAUCUGGAGUCACGUUAGGAGGUACAUGAUGAAGGAAGGCUGCCUAGGGGAGAUUGUAGUUCAUCUCACUGAGGACCUGCUCUCCCGGGCAUCAAUGACGGUAGUAAACGGAUGUCCGACUCUGACCAUCAAUGUGUCCACUGCACGUGAACACUGGCUGGAGGGAAUGCUGAGGCAUGAGAUAGGCACGCAUUAUUUUCGAGGUAUUAACAACCUCCAGCAGCCAUGGAACAGUUGGACUGGACGUAAAAAACAUGAGCUAAAGCCAAAUAAUCCCACCGAGGAAGGACUAGCAAGCAUUCACAGUGUUCUGUUUAGAAAAGACCCCUUUUUAUGGAGGGCUGCCCUCCUCUACUACACUGUUUAUCAAGCCAGCCAAAUGUCAUUUUGUGAACUCUUCAAAGAUAUUGGCAGAUUUGUCAAGGACCCCAAUACAAGAUGGGAUUAUUGUGUACGGGCCAAGAGGGGAUGGACUGAUACUUCCCAACCAGGGUGUUUUAGUAAAGACCAGGUGUACUUGGAUGGAAUCCUUCAAAUCCUGCGAUACAGAGAGACCAUAGACUUCUAUCUGCUCACUGCCCUCGGGAAGGUUUCUUAUGAAGAUGUGGAUCGCUUAAAAGGAUUGGCAGUUACUGAAAACAUGAGGGUCCCUCACUUCCUCCAGGACCACGGCCGGUACAUGGAGCACCUAGAGAAGAUCAUGGAAGUGAAUGAACUGACCGACAGGGAACUGGAAGACCUCAUAUAGUGAUCAGCAUCCUGGCAGACACAGCUAAGCUGCACCUCCAUGUAUCUUACCAGUUAGGUGCAGUUAGCGCCAGAAGAUGUCUAAAAGAAUGACUGUUGACUUGUGUUUUCUGAAGAAUGGUCUUCAGUAUUCAGCUGAAUUUUUAAGUUAAGUACAAAUCUUAACCUAUUUCCCUCAAAUGUUUCUAUAGGCUGCAGGGGGAAGUUACUCCUAUUUCCUGAAUCUCGACAGAGUCAGAUGGAAAUACUAGUGCGAAGCAUUUUUGCAGACUCUUAGUCAAACUGCGUGAUAAAUUUUUACCUGAGCAGUAAGCACUGGCCUGGUGCGUCUGCUUAAGUGCAGAGGUCAGCUCCAACUGGAGACUGGUUGGAUUCCAUUGCUUUUCAGACUCCAAAAUUAUAUUUUAUUUGAUAAAUAAUGGUAAUUAUUCUCCUUUGAAAAAUUAGUUUUAUAUUGCUCUAAAAAGCUAGCUAUAUCUAAGCUUUCUUAUUUCUUUUAUACGUUAAGGAAUUUUAAAGGGAGAAGAAAAGCAAUUUGAAAAUUUUUCAUUGUUUUAACAUGAUUGUUUCACCUUAUCAGCAUCUAGGAACUAAAUUAGAGAAUCACCUCUUUCUGUCCAGUUAUCUCUUAACUACGUUUUCAUCUGUUGAAACAGAUUGUUUCCUUUUCAGUUUUUUACAGAGUUUUAACAUCUUUUCCACUGCGUCCUUUAUAAAAAUGCUAAGUACGAAUUCCAGAGAGGUUUUCCUACACAAAUCAAAAUAGUUGGGGAAGGGCUACUCACCUCUUUAUUAAACAGAAUGUGUACUAAGCAGAGGACAAAGAGACCUGGUUAAAUGCACGUUCUGGAUGUCGACUGGGUAGCACCUGCAGUAGACUUGACCGUGCUCUGAAAAAUGAAAUUCUGGGUGUUGACGGUUGACAGCGCCAGCUUUGUGCUACUGGGUCAGUAUAGUUAUCAAAAUCUGUGACUUCAUCAUCCCAGUAAUGACACAAUUUGAAUUUAAAAAUGAGGGUUGUUUUGCUGUAUUUCUCCUGCUAGCCUAGCUCUGUAUUUGAUCAGCUUCAGUGUGUAUUUGGAUAUAUGGAUUCAGACGGUUUCUCAUACAACCUAAUGAUCAGAAAGAAUGCCGCUGUGCACACCCCGCUUAAGACUGCUGCUGUAAUUUCUACCCAAAGCUGAGAGUUUACCGUUACCUCAGGCAGGCCAAACUAUGGUGCUAAUACCGGUAGAUACAUACUGUGAAGCUGGUUCACAUUCAUGCUAGGAAAUGAUUUGGGGAAAUCUUUUGUAGGAAGGACUUGCUUCAAAGAAGAACGUUGCAGUGAACAGGAUAUACUCCAACUGGUGCCCGGAGGUUCUUGCAAAACUGCAAAUCUUGCUUUUGGCAGUAGAGGGUCAGACACUUUGGAGCAUCGAAAGGCCUUAGCCCCUGUUCCCCAACUACGUGCCAUGCUAGUGGUGUGUGUCCUGUGCAUCUGUGUGCCAGGCUGGGGCAGACUGUGCCAAUGCUCACCAACACUAGAAUCUGCUCUUAACACCUCUGGCAUGUAUCUUCUUGUAGCAGAGUCAUGCGCUUCGAGCACUGUGUGCUGUUUUCUGACUUCAUCUUAAAACGUAUCAAAGGUGGUUGUGAAAACAGUGUCUCAGAAGCAUAAACAGAAACAGCAAUAUUUAUGUCCUAUGAUUCAAGCCCAAAGGUUAUAAAUUCCGUGUUCACAGGCAGUAGCACUGCUAAUCUUAAAUUUAUGGUUUAAAUAUAAAGGAAAAUCACAGCAGCCUUAACUUCCUAUUGGUAGGAUCAUUUGCAGCAGUUCUCAUUCCUCACCUUUAAAAUGGAUGAAUAUUUUCUCUUGGAUUUGGAAAAGGAACUGCUUUUUUGCCUUACUGCUUUGGUAUAAAGAUGAAAAAUAUGAGCACUCUGCAGACAAAAUGACCUUAAAUCACAUUAAUUAAGAUGUUUUAAAAGCAGUGAACCAAAAGUAGUUUCAGGUUAGCAGAAAUAAAGAACUUUUAAGCUUUAAAAGUUGAGGUUGAAUAUUUAAUGAAAGUUUGUUGUUUCUUUUUCCUAAGAUAGCAGUAAGGUCAGUUUUGUUCCCUAAAAUAAAAAGUUUUAAUAAACAGAAAAUUAUAGCAAGAGUACUUAGGAGAAUAGUUGAAGAUUGCAUUAAUUUAACUAUAAUAGUUAUUCAUCAUAGGCUAUUGAAGAUUAGAAUUUCAUCAGUUUUGUCCACUAUAAUUUUAAAAAUAGUUAUAUCAAAUAUAAAUUCUGAUAAACUGUUAGGUUUUAACACCAGACAGGAUUCAAAGUAAAUUAACAUUUGCAAACAUCAAUCCAUAGUCUUCAUUUCUGUGUAUUUUCACCUUUGUGAGAGUGUUUAAAAUUUGUAUGGUUUGUUUUGUAUAUCUUUGGGCAUUUUGUGUCUAGCUAUAAUAAAAAGAAACAGUGCCAAGGUUCUCA